GAAUUACGUUAGAAUUAUCAUAUUUAACUAAAUGAUAAUAUUGAAUUAGUUAAGUUAAUUGUUAAGUAGCACAAUGAUUAAGGCAAUAUUAGUAUUCAACAAUCAUGGGAAGCCGAGGCUGUCAAAAUUCUACCAAUAUUUCAAUGAAGAUAUGCAGCAACAGAUAAUAAAGGAGACGUUCCAGCUGGUCUCCAAACGGGACGACAAUGUGUGCAAUUUUCUUGAAGGCGGAAGCUUAAUAGGCGGCUCCGACUACAAGUUGAUAUACAGGCACUACGCUACUCUUUACUUUGUAUUCUGCGUGGACUCCUCAGAGAGCGAGCUGGGCAUUCUAGACCUGAUCCAGGUCUUCGUUGAGACACUAGACAAAUGUUUCGAGAAUGUCUGCGAGCUCGACCUGAUCUUCCACGCGGACGCUGCUCACCAGGUCCUCGAUGAGCUGGUCAUGGGAGGAAUGGUUCUCCAGACCAAUAUGGCGGACAUAUUAUGCAGGUUACAGGAACAAAACAAGAUGCAAAAAGCUGAGGCUGGUAUAUCGGCGGCCCCGGCGCGCGCUGUCUCUGCCGUCAAGAGUAUGAACCUCCCGCAGCAACUCCGUGACAUGAAGCUGCCCGACCUUCCGCAGGCCAUCAAGCCUCCCCGUCGAACGACAACUUGCCACCUGCAUCCAUUGACUCCCCGCGACUCUGACGAUGUCGUCGGUCCACCUAGUGCAAGGCCUGCCUACAAAAGUCAAAAAUCAUUUAUUCCAAUUAGAACCUAA